AUUUGACAAAAGCAACACAAUUUUCUUGAACAAAAGGCCGCAUUCGAAUUCGAAAUCACGUACAAAUAUUUUGGUCGUUAAUUUGCCGCCAGUAGAAAGCUAAAUGUUAAUGAACCAAAAAAGCCACAACACAAAUUUCCACUAAGUGAAUACUAAAAGACAUAUCCCCAACAAAAAGUGGGGACAUAUGUAUGUGUGCAUCCGCGGAAAGUCAUAAUGCAUAAUAGCAAUUUAAGCCAAAAAGACAAUGCACUUUGCAUUUGAAUGAUCAUAAACUGGUGCAUACGCUUUGUGAUUGCUAUUAAUACGAUGAAAAAAAAAAGCAAAUAUCACUUAAUUUCGGAUUGUGUUUGCAUGGAUACAACCAUAAGCCAUUAACAACCUAAUAAAUUAACUAGCUAAACCAAUUAAUGAAAAGGCCUUAAGCUCUCUUUUUCUGCCACUUAGACAAUUUAUGCCACACUUUUGUAAAGCACUGAUUAAAAUCCAGCUGCGAUCGCAGACUCUCUGCGAUUUGGAAAGUCGAUUGCCUUAAAAGGACAGUUUCGUCCUAGGCACAGAUUAUCUAAAUGCCAGUUUGCAUUUACACCCAAACGUUGACAAUAGCCAAAAGUUUUUCGAAAUAGUUGCCACAUUUUCUUAGAGUGUGCCUGAGUUGCACAUUCCGACCUGAAGAUGGCGCUGCGCCUGCGUCGCGACGUGCAGAAGGCCUCCUACUAUGUGUGGUUCCUGGGCGCCGAGGAGGCGAAGGGGCUGCGAGGCGCCCGCGUCAUAAACUCGGUCCUGCCCUAUUUGGUGGACAGGUCCCGCGGCCAGGAGCCGCUCAAGGUCACGCUCCAGGUCUCCCACAAGGGCAUCAAAAUCGUCCAGGGUGCCUCGAAGCAUCUGAUUCCACACAGUGCCAUAACCAGCUCGGUGCAGACUGACGACAUCGUCGCCUGCGUCCUGCUGCUCUACAAUCCGGCCACCAAGUGCCCGCUCCACGUCCAUGCCUACCGCUGCGACUCGGAGACGACGGCGGAGGCACUGCAUCUCCAGCUGCAGAUCCUCAUCAACCGGCCCGACAAUCAGAAGCGUUUCGAGGAGCUGGAGACCAGAUUGGGCAUCCUGCCGCCGAUUCCCAUGAACGGUAGCAACGAGAAGCGCCACGAAUCGAAUGGCAAGUCCUCGUCGUCCGGCGGAACAGGUCCGGGAUCGCACCAUCAUCACCAACUGCAGUCACAAACAUCGGGUGGUUAUCGUGAGGGUCGCCGCCACGAGACCUCAUCUCCGAAGAGAUUCAGCAGCUCGUUGGGCAGCGAUACGGGCAACAGCACCCGGGAAUCGGAGUGCAGCGAAGAGCACGGCCUGGUUGCUGGUGGCUCCUCGCCCGUUUCCCGAUCGCCGCCGCACGGCAAUUCCAAGUCCCAUCCGCAUGCCCAUCCACAUCAUCCGCCACAUUCGCUGCACCAUCCGCCGUUGACGCCGCAGCAGAAUAGCGACCUCUUCGAUUCCCUGGCCGCCGAGCUGAGGGCCAAGUUGAAUGGUAAUGGGCCGCCAUUGCUGCUACCGCCAAGGGAUUACGAUACGGUGCACCGAUCCAAGGGCAACCUGACGGCCAUCGAGUUGCGACGCUGUCGGAACGCACUAAUUGUGGGCGGAUCGCCGAAGAGUCAGGUGCCGGGUGUCGCCAAUGUGGCCGGCGGAGCGGCGGCCAACGCCAAUGGCAAGCAGGUUUCCUCGCGCGGAUCAUCGGGCAUUGGAUCCGAUCUGGCACCAAGUCCCGAGCGUCAGGAGCUCAACAGUUCCAGUGAUGACGAGCACUGGUCGAACGAGGCGGACAACUCGGUUAUUGCUCUGAAGCCGUCACAAAUCGCAUUGCCCCAUCACGCGCAACUCAAGCGAAAGAGCGCCGUCCAGCCGCCGGAGGAUAGCUAUCUGCGGGAUCUGCCAGCCAAACCAUAUCAGCCGCGUCCCAGCGAAAGGGAAUUGGAGCGAGAGCGGGAGCUGGAGAGGAACAGGGAGCGUGAACGGGAGAGGGAGCGAGAUCGAGAUCGAGAGCGAGAGCGAGAGCUCGAGAGGAACAGAGAACGGGAGCGGGAACGUGACCGUGAGCGCGACCGGGAUCGAGAACGAGAACGAGAUCGCGAACGUACCAAGACUCCGGCAUCCAUUUCGAACAAGUCGUGGAGCCGCGAGGAUGAGAUCAAGCCGAUCAUAAUGCGUCCGGCCGACUACGAUGCCAAGUUCAAUCGGGUGAUGCAGCAGGAGCAGCAGCAAGCCGCCGUCAAUCAUCAGCCGGCCAAAUUGAGGGACACGGAUAAGUACAACGAGAUCAAUCGUCUGCUGAACAAAAAGUUGGCCCACGAGCCAACGAGGGAUCGAAAGUCACGCUCUCGUCUGGAUGACAACCACGAUGAUUUCGAUGACUCGGAUCCGGGCAGUGAGUCACUGCCAUUGCAUCACCAACAGACGCAGGGCCCACCAGUGCAUCACCAUCAACGCAAGGAGAAUCUCACCGACAAGCAAAAGUUCAUGGAGUAUACCAGCAAGAAGCAGCAGCUGCUCAAAAAUUACGGUGCUGGCGAGGAUCAGCGCUAUCGCCAGCGCUAUGUGGAGUCAACGACGGAGCAUCUGCCCCCCUUCGAUCAUCCCACCGGUGGUGGAGUGACCACAUCCACGGGUGGCUCGGCGGGUCACAACAAAUACGCUGCCGUGCACAGGGGCACGGAUCUGGGACAAAGGACCACGGAACGUCGACAUGACAGGGAUCGAGGUGACAGAGAUCAUCCCAGGGAUGCGGAACGCGAGCGGCGAAGGGAUCACGAACGCGACAGGGAGCAUUCCCGUGAUCGCAAUCCAUACAGGGAGGCCGAGAGUCUGCCCUAUAUACAGAGCAUGGAGAAGAUGAUGAAGUCGACGGGCAUGCGUUACGCAGAAGCUACUCCCAAGACCAGGGAACGGGAACGGGAGAGGGAGCGAGAUCGUGACCGGGACUACAGGGAGCCACCGGUCACGCAGAGUUCACAGCGUGAUCGCUUCCACGAUGCCAAGGACAAGUUUCGGGCCAUGGAACAGCGUCCGGCGGUAAAUCGCUAUCCGGACGUGGAUGAGCGCGACACACCGCACCGGGAUCCGUAUCGGUCGUCAUCGCGCCGGCGUCGCGGUUCCGUCGAGCCACCCAGCACGUACGAGCAGUGGAGCGAGGAGGAGGAACCGCCGGUGGUGAUCAGCGAAAAGUCCAAUCCACGUGACCUAAACCGAUCCCGAGCCAGAUCGCGCGGCGAAUGGGAACCGGAGCCACCCAGGCACUUGGAGCGCAGCGUGCGUGACAGAGAGCGGGAUAGAGAUCGGGACUACAAUCGAGAUCAGUCCCGAGAUCCCUAUCGGCAUGAGAGGGAGCGUGAAAGACCCGGUGGACGCGCCCACUCACGCGAAUUCCUGCAGAGCGUGGAAACCAAGAAUCCAUCGACAACGGGUUCGGGUCGCGGCCACAUGGAGCGAUAUCCCUCACCAGCAGCCACGCCCAUACAAUCUGUUGAUGUAGGCGGAAGUGGUGGUGGUGGUGGUGGUGGUGGUGGCAGCGGUGCUUCUUCCGGUGGCAAUUCGGGCAAGCCACUAACCCAAAUGGCCAAGGGCUAUAGGCACAGCUAUGCGGAGCCCGUUUUCGCCCGGACCGGCGGAAGAGUUGGUCUGGCGGCAGUUAAUCCCUAUUGAGUAGGAUCCGGAACUUAGCCAUUAAGUGUGGUUCUUGCUCUUGGAAUCAGAGCAGCCCUGACCAAAAGUGAAAACCGUGCAACGAAGUCCAAACUAAUCGAAUGGGUGGAGAACAAAUGUCGCAAAAAAUCUCCAGGGAUUUGAAAAGAAAAUUUAUUUUGUUUUUUGUUUAGAAUCCAAAUGCAUACUUUUGAGAUUUACAAAAAAUAUAAAAUACACAGAGAUUUCUGCGACACUCGACUAACGAAAAGAAAAGAAAACAAAUAUCCAUGUAAACAUUUAAGUCUAAGAAGAAACAACAGUGGCUACUGCUUACGACGACUCCAAAAGGAUUGUAAGCACUUUGCUAGCAAUCACGUAUAAUCCAUAUAUAUACUCAAUUGUUAUAGCAAAGUAUGGCCUCUCAAUCGAGAUAUACAACUAUAUAUACAUAUAUAUAUCCAUUCAUUCCUGCCCCGACUUGAGAACGCGCCUAAAAUGGGGGGCCAUUGGAGGGGAGAAUUGGAGAUCGGAGAUUGUAGAGAAAGGCGCCACAGCCCCUGUAAUUAUGUGCCUUCAGAAAGUGAGAAAUCGUGUUUUUAUUAUAUGCAUAAUAACUGAAUUAGCCUACGAUUAUACAUAUGUAUAUAUGCAUGUGUAUCUAAUGUUAUCUAAAAGCCAACGAAACAAGAAUCGGUUUGGAUUUCUUACCAUUUUUUUUUUGUUUUUUUGCUACCUUAAGUUGCGCGGUUGGUUGGUUAUUCACCUUUUUUUUUUUGCUAUACAGUCCACAUAUGUCAUGAUAUCUGAUAUCUGUAAGCAUAUAAUAUAGUUAAUUAUAUACUACAUAAAAUAUACGCAUAGCUGAUGUAUCUAUUGUUAUCAACUUGAUAUUUGCAUUAAUAAAGCGCUAGU